AUGGACUGCGGCAACCACACCUCGGUGACAGAGUUCAUCCUCCUGGGCAUCGCCCACACCCGAGGGCUGCAGACCAUGCUCCUCCUUCUCUUCCUGGCCUUCUACCUGUUCGCCUUGCUGGGGAACCUGCUCAUCUUGCUCGCCAUCCUGGCCUCCUCCACCCUCCGCACCCCCAUGUAUUUCUUCCUGGGCAACCUGUCGGUGUUCGACAUCUUAUUUCCCUCUGUGAACACCCCGAAGAUGAUGGGGGUUCUGCUGGGGCAGGGCCGCGGCAUCUCCUUCCAGGGCUGCGCCUGCCAGGUCUUCUUCUACCACGCGCUGGGCUGCACCGAGUGCUUCCUGUACACGGUGAAGGCCUACGACCGCUUCGCCGCCAUCUGCCGCCCGCUGCGCUACGCGGCCAUGGUCAGCGCCCGGCUGUGCACCUGCCUGGCGGUGGGCACCUGGCUGGGCGGCUGCGUGCACGGCUGCGUCCUCACGCUCCUGACCUUCCGCCUGCCCUACUGCGGCCCCAACGAGGUGGACAGCUUCUUCUGUGACAUCCCCGCGGUGCUGCGCCUGGCCCGCGCCGACACCUCCCUAGUGCAGACGGUGAGCAUCACCAACGUCGGUGCGGUGUCGCUCACGUGUUUCCUCCUGGUCCUCACGUCUUACACACGCAUCGCCGUCUCCAUCCUGCACAUCCGCUCCUCGGAAGGCCGGCGCAGAGCCUUCUCCACCUGCAGCGCCCACCUGACCUCCGUCCUCUUCUUCUACGGGCUGGUGAUCGUGGUCUACCUCAGGCCGGCCUCCAGUCCCUGGCUCGAUGCUGCGGUUCAGGUGUUCAACAACGUGGUCACCCCUUCCCUCAACCCACUGAUUUACUCCUUGAGGAACAAGGAGGUGAAAUCGGCGUUGAGGAAGGUGUUGACUCCCGUGGCCCAGCCUCUGGGUGAUAAGGACUAA